AUGGACCGAGAAAAGGCAGGAGGCGACAAAUGCAGGGGAGACGAGGAGGAGCUGAAACGAGAGGACGAGAGGCGAGGACAAGUAGAGAGCAGGCGGAGUAUAUUGUCGGAUAGUCAGGCUGUUCAGGAGAAUUGGGAGAGUCAGAAGGCACAGGAACGGCAAGAAAGCCAGGCGAUUAAAGAGGCGUGUCCGUCACGUGACCGAGUUUUCUCGGCAUGGCUUAGAGCCUGUGACGGACGGAAAACGUCAGGUUCAGUCGAGGCGACGCCGCCAGAGUUCCCGAGAGUAGAAAACCGGGGGAGAAACGCUGGCGACCCUGCGGCGAACGCGUUAUCAGCGAACGCGUCAGGAUUGGGAGAAACGGCUGCGGAGGCUCGGGGUACCGUUUUGGCAGCAGCCUCGGGUAGAGACGAAGCUGGCGUAGGAUCGGAAGGAGAGGAACGGGAAGGGAGGAGAAGAGAGGGAGGUGAGGGAGGAAAAAGGGGAGGGAAAGAAGGAGGAUUGAGAGAAAGGGCGAAAGGAUUUGGAGGGGAAGUGGAAGUGGGAGGAAGGAAAUCAGGAGAGUAUGCAGGAGCAAGAAAGGACGGGGGGGAUCUAAAAGAGCACGAUGAUGCAGGAGGAGGGAGUGGUAGCGUGGCUGUGAAGCAUGCUAGGGCGCUGGCGUGGGAGGAGUAUUUAGAGGAAGAAGAGAGGAGGAAGGAGGAAGACUGGGAUAGUUAUGGUGGCGUGUGGGGAAGUACCGAGGGGGACGAAGGACUGGUGGUGUGGCCGCAGAGUGGGGACGAGCAGGGGAAUGGAGGAGAGUCAGUAGAUGCGAAGGAGAGUGAGGGAGACGAGGAGGUGGUGAGGGUGCCAGCGUCUAUCAGUAGACACCUGAUGGAGCAUCAGAAAGAAGGGCUGCGAUCAGGGUGGGCCAAGGUGAGUGCCGGUUGUAGGUGCAGGGGGGACAGCAGCAUGAGGGGCGAUACUGGUGGUGGUGCCGAGCUCAGUGCUGGGCAACUGGCAGGAGGAGCUGAAUCGGUCGUAUUGACUACGUUCGACACGUUCCGGGUUGCAGCUGACACACUGUGCCCGCACCCGUGGCUCAUGGCGAUUGUGGAUGAGGUGCACAAGCUCAGAAGCUACAGCUCAGCGCUGUUCCAGUGUGCGGAUCGCAUCAACACCGCUCGUCGCUACGGUCUGUCAGGCACAGUCAUGCAGAACGAGUUUCGGGAGCUCUGGAGCGUGCUGCAGUGGGUGCGGCGGGGCUAUCUGGGCUCUCUCAAGGAGUUCAACGAGCGAUACAGCGACCCUCUCAGGCUGGGUCAGCGCAAGGGGGCUCCCCAGCCUCUGGUGGCUCGGGCGCAGGCUCGGCAGGCGGAGCUGGUUCGGGCGCUGGCUCGGGUGCUGCUUCGGCGGCACAAGGAUGACCUGCAGGGCUCGCUGAAGCUUCCAGGAAAGCGCGACAUGAUCGUGGUGUGCCCGAUGACGUCACUCCAGAGGAGGGUGUACCAGCGCUGUCUGAAGCUGCCCGACUUUCAGCUGCUUUCCCGAAAAGAUGAGCCAUGCAGGUGA